UCAACAUCAUCAUUUUCAUUUUUUUUCCGCAUUUCGAGUUUAACAUUCUAAUUUCGUCUUCAUAUUCAUAUAUAGCUUUAUUUAUUUUAGUGCAGUUUUUUUAAAAUAUCAUUUCUAGUUAGUUUUCAUUUAUCAGAAUAUAUAUCUUAAAUUUGUACACCACCGCCAUCCGCCAACAUUCAACAACAACAAUAACAAGGUCUUCCUGUCCUUUAUUGCCAUUGAAUGGUCGUUAUCAUCAUCAUCAUCAGCAUCGUUGUUUUCUUCUGAUUUUAUUCGUUAAAUUAUAAAGUUGUUGAAUAUAUAGUGGAGCUAAAUUAAGUAUUAUGAUGACAUCGAAUUCAUUGAUGAAAUCAACAGAAACCGCUUCGAAUCGAUCAAAUCGUCGAUUUUAUCGUGUAGAUUCAAUACCGACCGGUGAUCAUGGCCUUACAGCUGAACAUGAAAACAAAUGGUGUUUUGAAGUGGCCUGGGAAGUGGUCAAUAAAGUUGGUGGUAUUCAUACCGUAAUUCGUACCAAAGCCCAAACAUCUGUUGAAGAAUUAGGUAAUCGUUAUUUCAUGAUGGGCCCCUAUAUGGAACAAAUGGUUCGAACCGAAGUGGAAAUUGAAGAAGAACCCGUCGAACGAUGUUUUCGUGAAACAAUUAAAAUCUUUCGUGACCAUGGAAUCAAAGUAGUCUUUGGCCAUUGGCUAAUAGAUGGUUAUCCGGCAGUCAUCUUGUUCGAUAUUGAAUCGGCUUCGUUUAAAUUGAAUGAAUGGAAACAUAAUUUUUAUGAAGUCACCCACAUAGGUAUACCACAUCAGGAUCGUGAAUCUAAUGAUGCUUUGAUUCUUGGUUAUUGUGUUACCUGGUUUCUUGAAGAAAUUUACAAACGUAUACAAGAACUUUAUGGAACACCGUUGAUGGUUGCACAAUUUCAUGAAUGGCAAGCCGGUGUCGGUUUGAUAUUAUGUAGAACGCGACAUUUGGAUAUUGCAACUGUUUUCACUACACACGCAACAUUACUUGGGCGAUAUUUGUGUGCAGGAAAUGUUGAUUUCUAUAACAAUCUUGAUAAAUUCCAUUUGGAUCGUGAAGCCGGCAAUCGUCAAAUCUAUCAUCGAUAUUGUAUGGAAAGAGCUGCAUCUCAUUCGGCUCAUGUUUUCACCACUGUUUCGGAUAUAACAGCAAUGGAAUCUGAACAUCUACUCAAGCGAAAACCAUGUCUGAUCACACCAAACGGUUUAAACGUGAAAAAAUUCAGUGCCAUCCAUGAAUUUCAAAAUCUACAUGCAUUAGCCAAAGAAAAAAUUCAUAAAUUUGUACGUGGACAUUUUUAUGGUCAUUAUGAUUUCGAUCUGGAUAAGACAUUAUAUUUUUUCAUCGCUGGUCGAUAUGAAUUUAGUAACAAAGGUGCAGAUUUAUUUAUCGAAUCUUUGGCUCGUCUUAAUCAUUAUCUCAAGUCUAGCCAAAGUGACGUUACUGUGAUUGCUUUCCUAAUAUUUCCCGGAAAAACUAAUAAUUUUAAUGUCGAAUCAUUACGUGGUCAAGCUAUCGCUAAACAAUUACAAGAAACCGUUGAUGAAGUUCAGGAAAAUAUUGGCAAACGUUUGUUUGACAUUCUUUUACAAGGUCGUUUGCCCGGUCCAUCCGAUUUGAUGAAACAGGAGGACAUUGUCGAACUGAAACGUUGCAUUUAUGCUGCUCAUCGAUCAACAUUACCACCAGUCAUCACACAUAAUAUGCAAGAUGAUAGUUCUGAUCUCGUUUUGCAACAUAUUCGCCGUACACAAUUGUUCAAUAAUCGUUCUGAUCGUGUUAAAAUUAUUUUUCAUCCAGAAUUUCUAAGUUCCACUAGUCCAUUGUUCCCAAUUAGCUAUGAUCAAUUUGUUCGGGGCUGUCAUCUGGGCGUUUUUCCUUCUUAUUAUGAGCCAUGGGGCUAUACACCAGCUGAAUGCACUGUAAUGGGCAUACCAUCAAUAACCACCAAUCUUUCCGGUUUCGGUUGUUUCAUACAGGAACAUGUUGCUGAUCCCAUAUCAUACGGAAUCUAUAUUGUCGAUCGUUUACAUAAAAAUCCAGAAGAAAGUGUUCAACAAUUGGCUCAAUACAUGUUUGAUUUUAGUUGUUUAACGAGACGACAACGAAUUAUUCAACGUAAUCGUACUGAACGUUUAUCUGAUCUUUUAGAUUGGAGAAAUCUUGGAAUAUAUUAUCGGAAAGCACGACAAUUGGCACUGCAUAGAAUGCAUCCAGAAAUAAUGACUGAAGAUGGUACUAUAGCUUCAUUUAAUUUUCCGAAACCAAUUUCUGCACCGGCAACACCGGCCUCAUCACGAGCACCAUCACCUGUUUCAUCAGAUGAUGAUGAUGAUAGCGUACAUUCUGAUGUUGAGCGUGAUAUCCUAACAAAUAAUGAUGAUAAUGGUAGUGUCGAAGCUAUUCUGAAUAAAGCAAUAGCUUCAACUCAAGCUUAAAAAGCUAUAAUAAAUAAAAUACUUAUUUUAAA